AUGCCUCCUAAGCAGCAUCGCGAACAGUCUCUCCUGGCUAGCGUUCUUCCCAAAGAACAGAAGCCUUGGUAUCGCAUCUCGUACCUCGUCCAACUCAAUCUCCUUCUUCUUAUCCCCCUCAUGUCCUCGUCUGUUGCAGGAUUCGAUGGCUCGUUGAUGAACGGCCUUCAGGCACUCCCUUCCUGGAAGAACAAGUUCGGGAAUCCUCAAGGCCAUACCCUAGGCUUCGUCAACGCCGCCCAAUCCUUCGGAUCGAUCCUGGCCCUCCCAUUCUGUGGCACACUCUCGGAUAGGAUUGGCCGCAAGAACACGCUGUUACUCGGUGGCUUGAUCAUUGUAGUGGCUUCGGUGAUCCAGGCAGCCGCUAUCAACUACGGGAUGUUUGUCGCUUCCCGAGUCCUGGUUGGUAUGGGCGCUAUCACUAUUAUACAGCCCAGCCCUAUGCUGAUUUCGGAGCUGUGUUACCCAAGCCACCGAGGAGUGUACACGGCUCUCUUUUGGACUUUCUACUACUUUGGAUCCAUUAUCGCUGCUUGGAGCACCUAUGGUCUCCAGAAGCACAUGCCUGACAGUGUCUGGGCGUGGCGAGGUCCCUCUAUCCUCCAGGGCGCUCUUCCCAUACUCCAAAUGGUUUUUUGGUGGAAACUCCCUGAAUCCCCUCGAUGGCUCGUCGCCAACAACAGAGCUGAUGAAGCACGGGUUACUCUGGCCAAGUAUCAUGCUGGCGGAGAUGCCUCGAGCCCUCUUGUAAACUUUGAGAUGAACGAAAUCGUCACCGCUAUCGAACUCGACCGACAUGCUCAGGACGUUAAAUGGAGUGCUCUUGUGGCAACUCCCGGCAACCGAAAACGGGUUCUGAUCUCGUUCUUAUUGGGCCUCUUUUCUCAGUGGGUGGGAAACAGUGUUGUCUCGUAUUAUUUGACUCUCGUCCUAGACACUGUUGGCGUUAAGAACCCUGAUACCCAGACUCUGAUCAACGGUCUUCUCCAGUUAUUCAACUUCUUUGCCGCCAUCCUCGCCGCAUUCUUGGUAGAUAAACUCGGCAGGCGUACUCUGUGGAACUGGUCAGGCGUUGGUAUGUUGAUUUCAUUCAUCAUAUGGACCAUUUGUUCCGCCCGCUUUGAGAUCAACCAAUCCAACGGCCUCGGUAUCGCUGUCAUCGCAUUUAUCUUCAUCUACUUCUUCCAUUACGAUAUUGCCUAUACACCACUUGUUCUGGCUUACCCCACCGAGAUUCUUCAAUACUCUAUUCGAUCCAAGGGGCUGAGCCUGGCUUUUAUUGCUAUCUACUCGUCACUGAUCAUCUUGUCUUUUGUCAACCCGAUCGCGCUGCAGGCCAUCGGCUGGAAGUAUUACAUUGUCUUUUCCUCCAUUACCGCUGUAUCCGUCGUCGUCAAUUAUUUUCUCCUGCCUGAGACAAAGGGCCUCUCUCUUGAGGAGAUUGAAGGCCUUUUCGACGACAAGGACGUUUCUGAUGGCGGGAUAGGAUCAUCUAAGUUGGAAGGAGGCGAGGUUAGCCACGUCGAUGUUAAACGCUAG